AGUAUGACUCAUCAUCAAAUGAUAAUUAAUAACCACCACUACCACACAGACAAUCCUCAGAUAAAUAAAAUAGCACUAGCAAACAGAAUCAGUAUCUUCCAUUUCUUGAAUAUUCAUCAUCGUCUCCCUUCUUUCUGCAACUCAGUUUGCUCUACUAGUCUGAGUGAUGAAAGCUCUGGUAAAUUCCUCUUCUUGGUACAAGAUCGCAUUCCAAAGAAAUGGUGAUUACCGAGCAUUUAAUCCCACUACACAUGAAAUUAGUUCUUUCCGAUCCAAGAAGUUUCUUAAUGUUGGGUUUCGUAUCUGCUUUAAACACAAGCCUCUCCGCCCAAUUUCUGCAUCUACUCGUCCUUCUCUAUCAGCAGACUCCAAGACGGACUUGGAGUUGGAGGAAGCAAAGACCAAAACCCGAGAAACACACCAAUCAAACACGGUUGAUGUCAAAUUCCACCUAAAGAAAGAGUGUUCUUUUGGUGAGCAAUUUGCUCUAGUAGGGGAUGAUCAAAUGUUCGGCAUGUGGGAUCCUGAAAAUGCCAUACCAUUGAACUGGUCAGACGGGCAUGUUUGGACUCUUGAGCUGGAUAUACCCAUUGGAAAAUCCAUCCAGUUCAAGUUUAUACUAAAAGAAAUCAAUGGGAAGAUUUUGUGGCAACCAGGACCUGAUCGAAUUUUCAAAACCUGGGAAACUAAGAAUACAAUUGUUGUUUCCGAAGAUUGGGAAGAUGCUACGCUUCAGCAAUUAACAGAGGAAGAAUCGAUGGCUAAUAAAAAAGGGGAGCCUACUGUUAAUUCAGAAAUGUUGAUUGUUGCUGACGAAUUGUCUACUAACUCAGAAAUUGUGGUUUUUUCCGAGAACUUGACUCACGAAAAUGAGGAAUUGAUCUCCGAUGUUAAUUCUUACCCAGCAAAGGAAUCAUUACCAUCGACUCCUGAUAAACCAAUUAUUGCUGACGAGAUUCCUCCUCCAGAAAAGGAGCCCCUGGUUAUUGUAGCAGAUAAUAUCACGCACACAAAGGAAGAUCCUGAUGUAAGUGCAAUUCUCCAAAUGCCAAGUGGAAAGGGAAUCAAUCAUGAGAAGGAUGAGAAUGAGGCCAAUUCAAACAAGGAAGCAAUGAUAGCAGAGGAGAUUGUCGGAAAUAGUGGAAGAACUCCAACUGACAUGAAUUUAGCAACCAUUAAUGUCGAAGGAAAUCCGGUUUCUCAUGAAGGAGAUCCUGUUCUGGUACCUGGAUUGACUCCAUUAUCAGUGUUUUCAAGUGACCCAGUAACUCAUGAUGAAGUUGAAAUAAGCAGUGCCUUUGAUGCCUCAGUUGGAGUUAAUGAAGGUGAGAAAAGCAGUGCCUUCGAUGCCUCAGUCGGAGUUGAUGAAGUUAAGGAUAACAAUUUGCCAGAGUCAGAUGAGAAGCAUGAAAUUGUUGGCGAUCCAAGUCAAGAAGAAGCAGUUGAGGUGUUCAGUGAUCAGGAGCAGCUUCACAAUGAAUUCGAACAAAAGCCAGUAGCUGAUGACGGAAAGCAGAAAGAAUCAGAGUCCAUUGAAAAUGUUGUUCCGCAAAAUGACACUCAAUGGGGUCGAAAAACAAUACAGAAGCUGCUAGUUAAUUUAGGACUUCUGUAGCAUCAAAUGCGACGACAGUUUAUUCAAGUGCUUAUGACUAUGCUAUUGCUGCUUAGUUGCCUACAUUUUUUAAGUGGCUAGCAAACAGGAGUGAGUAUUGAGAUGAUCGUGGUAGCUAAUAGCUAUCACACUGUACAGAAGUUUGCAACUCAUUCAUGAUUAGAUUGCUUAAAGUUUUUUGUAUUGCCUAAUGAUGUAUCAUGUUUUAUGCAUACAAUGAGAUCAUUUCCUUGCGUGCCUUGAGAUAUAGAAAAUAUUUUGAAUGCUUACCUCUCACA